GUUUUGUAAACCGAAUCCCGCAGCCACCUCUAGCGUUCCUCCUCCAGGAAAUCCAGUUUCACUUCUGAACGCAGUCAACGGGAAGCAAACACGGUCGGUUAAACAAUCACCUGUGAGCUCUCACCUUUGGAACGGCACUAUGCAAAGACUACAGGUUUUAAAGGAAACUUUCUCUGGCUUGGAUGCAGUCCAGCAGCAGCUGGCCAUAGGCUCAGCCUUGGUAGCAGGAGGGAUCCUGGCAUUCCUGCUGCUCAGAAGAAGAGAAGUGAAAAGUAUUCCUCUCGGUGAAGGGUGGUGGGGAGCAGGAGAGAAGCCACUGUUGGAGGAUGAAAAAGUCUAUCCCUUUAAAGUGCAAACCUCAGAUGAAGAGAUUAAGGACCUUCAUGAGCGCAUCGACAGAGCUCGCUACUCUGAUCCUUUAGAAGACGGCGGCUUCCAUUACGGCUUCAAUUCCACUCAUCUCAAGAAAGUGGUUUCCUAUUGGAGACAUGAGUUUGACUGGAAGAAACAGGUGUCAGUGCUGAACAAGUACCCACACUUCAAAACUAAAAUAGAAGGAUUGGAUGUGCACUUCAUCCACGUGCGCCCUCCACACCGUGAGAACCAGAAGGUUCUACCUCUCAUGCUCGUUCACGGCUGGCCCGGCUCCUUCUACGAGUUCUACAAGAUCCUGCCACUUCUCACAGAGAACCAAGAUGGUCUCGCGUUUGAGGUCAUAUGCCCGUCUAUCCCUGGCUACGGCUUCUCAGACGCCCCUCGCAAACAAGGAUUUGACAGUCUGGCUGCCGCAAGAGUUUUCCUGACUCUGAUGGAGCGUUUAGGGUUCUCCCAGUUCUACCUGCAGGGAGGAGACUGGGGCUCCCUGAUCACCACCAACAUGGCACAGAUGAAGCCUCAGUGUGUGAAAGGACUGCACUUGAACAUGUUGAAUUCAAAUAGGGGAUUCAAAGUGCUGAUGUCCCUCAUGAUCGGUCCUUAUCUGCCCUUCCUGGUGGGCUUAAGCCGGGAAGAUGUUCGCCGGUUGUUCCCUUUCUUUGAGAAAAACGUCUGGGAGAUCCUGAGGGAAUCAGGAUACCUUCACAUCCAGGCCACUAAACCAGACACUGCAGGCUGUGGAGUGAAUGACUCCCCUGUAGGCUUGGCGGCCUACAUUCUGGAGAAGUUCUCCUCCUGGACCGAUCUCAGUAACAGAAAUCUGAUGGACGGUGGGCUGGAAAGGAAAUUCAGCCUGGAUGACCUUCUGACAAAUGUCAUGAUCUACUGGACCACAAGCUCCAUAGUCUCCUCUAUGCGCUUCUACAAAGAGAACCUUAAGAGCAAUCCUAACAACAGAAUUGAUGCAAAGACAGGGAUAUUUGUGCCCACUGGACUCGCCGCCUUCCCUCAUGAGCUGAUGCACUGCCCGAAGUCGUGGGCACAAAUUAGGUAUCGAAACAUCUACUCCUACACUUUCAUGCCCCGAGGUGGUCACUUUGCUGCAUUUGAGGAGCCUCAGCUGCUAGCUGACGACGUCAUUCAGUUCAUCAAAAAAGUGGAGAAGUGAACCCGGUGAUGCGAUUUCAGACAAAUGUCAUAUUGAUACAUCUGGUUUUUUUUUUAAUUGCUUCUGUGUUUGCAGCACUGUCAAAAUCAUGUUCAGGUUUUAAUUAAAGGAAACAUAUACACAGAGGAUACUGGCACAUACUGGAUCAAAGAAAGUAAUAUACUGCACUCAUCCUUUCAGGUUAUGUUAAUUAAAAAUAUAUUGCACCAAUAUUA